CUUAUAAUUUCAGUCUGGUAACACCGAUUUUGUAAAAAACCAACAUAUAAAUCGGACGUUCUUAGCUAUUUGUUUUUUUCAAGUGCAAACAUAAUAACAAAAAAGCAACUCCUUUUUUUUUUUGGUGACACGAAACAGCAACAAUAACAAGCGAGAGUGCUAGCGGGACCGGGAGAGCCUGGAGGAAACCGACGACCCAUCUCUAUUGUUGUUGUUUUCUCAAACAAAAAGACAGAAUUAAUUGUUAAUUGUUUCUAUUAAAUGCAUUAAGCGGCCGGGCCCGGAGAGAGCGCGCGCGUCGGUAACAUUGUGAAUGGUGAACAGCCGGUUGUCACCCGGGAAUCAUUGGGGUACCCGGAAUCGCUCCAUUGGGAGUUCUACGAAGUCGAGGUAAGGAAGGCGUUAGGAUGAACAAGGUGGGCAAGCACAUACUGAGCGGCGUCUCAUCUCUGGACAAUGGCGGCGGCAAUAGUGCUAUUCUCUCCACAGCCUCGUUGCUCGGCUCACCGCUGGAGGGAGCCAACGGAGCUGGGACGGCCGGUGCCACCAAUGUGUUCAGUUCAAUUAUAGGCAUCCUGCCCGACAAUCGUCCCAUUACCUCGCUGCACAUUGUCGAGGACUUUGAGCGCUGCCCGAAAAACUUUAAUGCCAUUCACCGCACCUACGACCAGGAUUCGGAUGCCGAUCUAUGGCGCGACUAUAGCAUAUUUGGACGACAAAACACACGCUAUCUGUGUCUGUCCAAGUCCGAGGGCCUGCCCGAAUAUGUGGUGGAGACACUCCUGGUCAUUGCGGAGAAGACAGCCCCGCCCAAGGAAUUCUCGCUGCUAUCCCGCACCGCCGACAGUGACCAGAAGGCCUGGCGCAAGCGUCAGAUAGCCUAUAAGCUGUCCAAGCGCGGCACUGUCACCCAGGCCGUAACCGAUAUUAUUCUCUGCUCCAAGCUGAAGGUGGCACCCGAUGGCUUUAAGCUGGCCGGCGACAUCAAUGGGGUGCUUAUAUGCUACAAGACGGGUGCCAUUCCGGUGCGCAUGCCACCGCCAGUUCCGGUUGGAGGAGUACCCGCCGCUGGAAGCACCUGUGAGGUGGAGCAGGCCCUGAACCGUCUCAAUCUGCAGGGACACCGAAAUUCACGUGGACCGCUGCCACAGCCACCGACUGAGCACCAUGACUAUGAGGAGAUACAAGCCAAUUAUCAAAUAAACUCGCCACAGCGACCGGCGCCGCCACGUCCGGCGGGAGGAGGACGCGGUACUUAUGGUGGCACUGGCACCCUGGGCACCUAUACCGAACUGGAGGGCGUGCCCUUUGUGCUGGACGCUAGGCUGCAGCGCAAUCAAGCCGGAACUGAUAUACCCACACUGCCCGAAAUCUCGACGCUUCUCAAGUCCCUGGACUAUGACUUUCAGCUGGAGCGUCAGAUCUUGUGCACGAUGAAGUCAUCGGCGUCGAAGAACCCUUUCUUCAAGUAGAAAACGAAUAGGAAUGGGCAUCAGGCAUCACGCAUCACAAAUUGAACGUUAAAAUUGGAGUUCAGAGUAUUUAGUUUGGCUUGGAGGCAGCUGCCAUGGCACACACCCAGUAGUUAUUUAGUUAGAUUCCCCUCCUAGAGUACACAAUAAUCCUGUGCCUUCGAUAUGUAUCUUAUUUUGAUUGAAUGGCAAGGAGCAAGGCCUCAGUUUCGUAAGCCCUCAGAACCAGAAACCUA